CCCCCUCCACAUCAUCAUCAACAGUCAUGUUUUGACGUCAUCAUUUAGACUUUUAUAAAGUGCAGUCACAGAGUGCUGUGCAUUCCUUUAAGUAACAGAAUUCUCUUAAUCACUUUUAAUUAUCGAAAAUGAUUAGAUAUAUUUUGAUGUUGUUUACGCUUGGUUUUACAACUGCCAAAGGAGAAUUCGUGAGCACUCUAUCAUGCAAAUCGAACGAGUUUCAAUGUUUUAACGGACAGUGCAUCAAAAGAAAUCAAUGGUGUGACAAAACUACAGAUUGCAGAGAAGACAAAUCGGAUGAAAGAUUUUGCUCAAGAGGAACUUUUCCAAAUGAAGAUCCCAAUCAAUGUAGACUGGAACCGUUACUGUUUUUGUGUCGUGAUGGAACUUGCAUUCCUAUAGUUGGUAGAUGUGAUAAAGCUUAUGAUUGUCCAGAUAAUUCAGAUGAGAUGAACUGUAGUGUCAACUCUUACAGAAAUAAUAACGUACUUCCAGAACCUGUUAAAGCCCAAAGAAUUCAAAACAGGCCUUCGUACAAUUACCGCUACUUAGAAGGCAGUUCCUAUACCGAUCUUCCGUACGAAAACUUCAAACUGCAGCUGAGUUCGGCUCGUGACUGGAUAAAAUCUCAACAAGAAAAGAACUAUGGGUGGGGUGACUACACAGCCAGAGCAGUCAUUUCAAUGUACUUGUCAAGAGUAAAUGUGUUUCCGAAGUCAGAAGAAGACUUACUUAUGGACAAACAAUUGGAUAUUGAACUAUUUGUAGCUUUAAGGAGAAAUGAGACUAACACACUGUCUCUCUGUGAAUUGGCGCUCUAUAUAAAUGCAUUGCUGGCUGCUUGCAAGAACCCUAGAAAUUUCUACGGAUAUAACUUAGUAAGCAUUCUACGGGAAAGAGCAGAUAAAGUAAACUUGAUGACUCGGUUUGUAAGUCCACUCGUCCAUUUGACGUUAUGCCUCAGUAAUACUACAGAGCCAAGAGAUGUGAAAUCCCUUCAAGAAAUUUUGACAGCGAAUCAGAGUAUCGUGAACAAAGUCGACAUUAUAUCCCUUGCCGUUUUAGCUUCGUCUUGCAUUAUUAGAGAUGAGCGCUACAGUCACCCUCAAUUCCGUAGAAGAUUCGCAAAUCUGCUAUUGAACAAGAUAAAUGAUUCUGGUUUACCCGGAAAUAUUUACGAGCUCUCACUUGCUAUGCAGGCCUUGAAUGCUGCAGAAGUUGAUCCUCUUGAAUGGGGAAGGGAUGUAGCAAUAGAAUCCAUUCUAAGGAAGCAGACUGAAAAUGGGUCAUUUGGUGAUGUCUUGGGAACAUACUAUACUAUUCCAGUACUAUCCGGGAAGUCCUUAUUAUCUCUUUCUAAUCACUGUGGCCAAGACUUCUCAAAUGGAAAGACUCCCUUAGACGUCCUGAAGAAUACAAAGGAAAGGAAAAUUUCCGUCACUUACACUUUGCAUUUUGGUGAUCCUAUGGAAAUGUCGCAAAAAAUCACACUUCAAGUUGCAGAGGGAACAAAUUUCCUGGAUGUCAUGAGAUUGGCAGAGGAAGAAAACCCAAACUUCAGGUUCAGUUUGGAUGAAACUAAAGAUAUACCAUUUGUCUACUCAAUCGGAGGUGUGCCAAAUGACGCAGAGCGUGGAUUAUAUUGGACAUUGUAUGUUCAAAAUACUCGGAAUCCUUCGGACUACAUUCUUUCCGGACGUAAUAUUGAAGAUCUAAUUCCCAUUAACGGAGAAGAGAUUAGAUUUUGUCAGAAACAAAUCUAAAACAACUUGUUAAGUUUUUAAAUUUUUGUUAAUAAAAUGUUAAAACUA